UCCAAAACCCUCAAACCAAGUCUGAAGAACACAAAAAUACACACACUCGUUCUGUUGAUCCGAAUCUGUAAUUGAUUUCAAGAAAAUGGGGAAGAUACCACCAUCACUCCGAACCGGUAAGAACCUAGGGUUACCAAUUCGAUCUGUAGUUAAAAAUGUUCGAUCAUCCCCCCAGGAAGCAGAAUCAGGAUUAGAAUCAAAAUCCUCCGCCCAUCAUAGCCGUAGAAAACCUAAAUUAAUCACUGAAAAACCACCAAAAUUCAUCAACGGCGCCACCAGCCACCCAUCACCAGCGCCGCCCAUAACCUUUACUUCCCCUGACAUCUCCGCUGCCAAAACCCUAUUCAACUCCCUCGUUGCCACCACCAGAUCUUCAUUGUUAAUCAACAAUAGACUUUGCAACGCGAUCCUCCAAUCUUUCUCCUCUGUUUCUUCGAACAUUCAAGAUUCAAUCGUUUUACUCAAUCACAUGACGAAAACCUACCCUUCAUUCUCCCCUGAUAAGUUCAGUUACCAUAUCCUCCUAUGCCAGUCCUGCAAAAAGCCCGAUUCGGAUCUUUCCAAUGUCAAUCAAACCCUAGACCUCAUGGCCUCAAACGGAUGUGAACCCGAUAAGGUCACCACAGACAUUGCGGUUCGAACUCUUUGCAGCACUGGGCACGAAGAACACGCGAUUGAACUGAUCAAGAAGCUAUCCCAGGUUCAGUUCACAAAACCCGAUACCUAUACUUACAAUUUUCUGGUAAAAAGAUUGGUAAGGACUCGAACUUUGAGCAGUGUGAGUUUAUUUAUUAAGGAAAUGAAAGAGGGGUUUCAUGUAAACCCCGAUUUAGUGACUUACACUAUUUUGAUUGACAAUGUUUGUAACGGGAAGAAUUUACGUGAGGCAAUGCGGUUGUUGGAUGUUUUAAAAGAGGAAGGGUUUAAGCCGGAUUGUUACGUUUAUAAUACGAUUAUGAAAGGGUAUUGUAUGCUGAGUCAUGGAGGUGAGGUCUUGAGGGUUUACAAGAAGAUGAUUGAGGAAGAAAUAGAACCUGAUUUAGUCACUUAUAACACUUUGAUUUACGGGUUGUCGAAAUCGGGCAAGGUUAAAGAGGCUAUUAAGUUUCUACAUGAGAUGGCGAAAAUGGGUCAUUUUCCUGAUGUGGUUACCUACACUUCAUUGAUGAAUGGGUUGUGCAGAGAGGGUAAUGCACUUGGUGCAGUAGAAUUGUUGGGGGAAAUGGAGAAUAAAGGAUGUGAUCCAAAUGAGUGCACAUAUAACACUUUGCUUCAUGGGUUGUGUAAGGCUAGGCAGUUGGAUAAAGGGGUUGAAUUAUAUGGGGUAAUGAAGGAGAAUGAUAUGAAACUUGAGUCAGGGUCGUAUGGGACCUUUUUGAGGGCGCUUUGUAGGAACAAUCGAGUUGCAGAGGCGUAUGAAGUGUUUGAUUAUGCUAUAGAGAGCAAGAGCUUGACGGAUGUUACUGCUUAUUCGACAUUAGAGAGCACCCUUAAGUGGCUGAAGAAAGCUAAAGAGCAAGGCCUUGCUGUUUGAUAAUCGGAGAGAAUCCGUCCUCGGAAUAUUUACUCAUGCCCAUGGCUACAACUAUGAAGAUGAACACCAUUGAAGUGAGCAUGAAGGGGAGACCACAUCUUGAUGAUGAUGAUGGAGUUUGAUCAACGUCAUCUUCCUCCAUGAGGGUCUCAGCCGUUGGGCUCGAUGGUCCGAGCUGACCCAUGAGUUUGUUGUACUCGUCUUUGACGCAAACGGGUCCACAAGGCAAGCUAAUGGAGCGGACAUGAGAGUUUUGUCUUUGGUAGGUUCGAGCCAUUUGGGUUUGCAAGCAGAUGGGUUAGGUUUGGUUGGGUAUUUAUAGUAUGGAACACAAGGGAACAUGACAGAUCACAAGUAAGAUUAGGGCAUGUGAUGAGAUCUCCUUCAAAAAAGGGUUUCUUGAUUGCCAGCAAAGGCUUUAAUGACUUCUCAUUUGUCUAAUCCCCUAUCAUGCAUAUAUAAUAUAUUAU